AUGUCAGUGAAACAAUCGAUGCCUACUAUUUAUCUGCUUGAGCUUGAGAGUGAUGGAUCACUUAGCAAAAGAAAACAAUUUAUACGACUACCACCGCCUACGAAGCCUUAUAUUCUUCGCUUUUUUAUUCGUGGUGAUUCCCUUAUUUCAAACGAAGGUGUAUUAUAUACUAACCAUCCUUUAGAGGGCUCAGAAUUCGAUCGGAACAAAUUUUAUUCAAAGAAGUUUCCAAUUGUAUUUUCGAAACCUAUUCACGUCGAUAUUACAAUCAAGAGACCAGGAGCGUUUGAAUUUUAUGUGGAGUAUAAGGAAUCACAGACAACGAAGGAAUUUGAUGAAACUGUAAAAUCGGAAAAAUGUUAUUUUACGGUUGAUCCGAUACUUGAAAUAGUUCCUCGAUACCGCAUAUUAUCAUCAGAGCCAAUAUCAGAUGAACCUAGAGUCUCAAUUCCUCUUGAUGGUAUUGUCCUUCAAUCCGUUCUACCUAAAUUGCUUGGUCCCAUUUCUCAGUGGGACGAACACAUUAAGACUUUGUCUGACCUUGGCUAUAAUAUGAUCCACUUUGUACCAAUGCAAUCCCGUGGCGCCUCUAAUUCACCAUAUUCUAUAUUUAAUCAGUUGACUUUUUCAGAUGAUUUAUUUGAUGAAAAAGAUCGUAUGAAAAGCUCAUCAGAAAAAAUUGAAAUUAUUAAAAGAACUGUGAACAAAAUUGAUGAAGAAUAUGGAAUUUUAAGUUUGACUGAUGUUGUUUGGAAUCACACUGCACAUAACAGCGAAUGGCUUCAAGACCAUCCAGAAGCUGGUUAUAAUAUAGUAAACUCUCCACAUCUUACUCCUGCCUAUGAGUUGGAUGCUGCCUUGCUAGAUUAUUCUGAAAAUCUUUCUUCACUUGGUUAUAAGGCUCACGUCGAGUCUGAAGAAGAUUUGAAAGCAAUUAUUGAAGGUGUUAAACAGCAUGUUAUUAGCAAAAUACGUUUAUGGGAGUUCUAUGUUAUUGAUGUUAAAGAAUCAUUAAGUGAAUUUCAUGCGGCAUUAUAUAAGAAUGUAUCAAUUGACAAGUCUUUAUUUGAAGAUAUUGACAUUGCUGCACUUUCAUUUGUUGAACAAGCAAAAUUAUUAGCUGAUAAAGGUCUAUAUAAUAAAGGUUCUUUUGGUCAGCGUUUCUAUAAAAAAAUAAAUAUUGAAAUUGCUCUUGCUUUUAUUGAGAGGUUGAUUGAGACUGAGGAAAAAUGUAAAAGUACGACUAAUGAUUCUAGUGUAUCAAUCAAAGAUUCGUCUCAGAAUGAACAAUUAAAUACGGAUAAACUAGAAAAUGAUAAAUCUAGCCAUAUUCUAGAAUCUAAAUCCACCCUUCUCAAUGGAAUGAAUAAAGCAGAGGACAAGAGUGUAGAUUGUGAGAGUCAAGAAAUGACUUCUGAAAAGACUAAAAAUGUAGAGUCUGUAGAAGUAAAUGAGAUAAAGUCAGAAGAGGAAAAUUUGCAUGAAAUUAUGUUGAAAAAAUUCGAAACCAUUGUCAACGAAAUAAACUUGCCAUUUUAUAAGUUAUAUGAUGAAGAAGUCGUCACAAUUCUGGACAAUAUAUGGAAUCGCGCCAAGUAUUUGAAACUUGAUCCUCACGGACCAAAACAGAAAGAAAUUACUCGACGUGUUCCUCUCGUUGAACGGUAUUUUACUCGUAUUCCGCUUAACGAAAAAACGCAAAAGCAUCCAAAAGGAAGUCUGGCUGUUGUAAAUAAUGGUUGGAUCUGGAAUGCAAAUCCCAUGCAGGAUUUUGCAAGUAGCGAAUCAUUCGCCUAUUUACGAAGGGAAGUGAUCGUUUGGGGCGAUUGUGUGAAAUUAAGAUAUGGUAAAAGCAGGGAUGAUUCGCCUUGGCUUUGGGAUCAUAUGAUAAAAUAUACUACACAGCUUGCAUCACUUUUCCAUGGGUUCCGUAUUGACAAUUGUCAUUCUACCCCACUCCAUGUCGGACAAUAUCUUCUCGACGCCGCCCGUCGCGUCCGUCCAAACCUUUAUGUUGUUGCAGAGUUAUUUACCGGUUCGGAGGAGAUGGACAUAAAAUUUGUAAAUCAUCUGGGCAUUAACUCUCUCAUCAGAGAGGCUAUGCAAGCUUGGGAUCCGCACGAGUUAAGUAGACUAGUUCAUCGACACGGCGGAAAACCUGUUGGGUCUAUAGAUGCACAAUGUCUUACAGACACAUCAACUUGUACAAAUGUUGAUGAAUCUUCAGAGACAUCUUGUUUUGUUGUUCCCUUGACAGGCUCCAAUCCACACGCGCUUUUUAUGGAUUGUACUCACGAUAAUGAAACACCUCAUCAAAAAAGAACUGCUGAAGACUCUUUAUCAAAUGGUGCUCUUGUUGCAAUGAGUUCUUGUGCUAUUGGAAGUGUCAAAGGAUAUGAUGAAAUUUAUCCAAAAAUAGUUGAUUUAGUACAAGAAACUAGACUUUAUAAAUUAUAUGAGAAGCCUCUUGAAACUGGUAUAGGAAGAGUUAAAAAAGUAUUACAGCAUUUGCACGUUGAAAUGUCGUUAGAUGAAUAUGCAGAAACCCAUGUGCAUCACGAAAAUGAUUGUAUUAUAGUUCAUCGUGUUAAUCCACAUAAUCAUAAUGGAUAUUUAUUAAUCGCACAUUGCGCUUUCUCUGGUCCUCCAAAACGCAGUUGUAAUCUUUCUCCUGUCAAGUUAAGAGGUACAAAGGCCAAAGUACUCUUUUCUACAAAUUUAGAGGUCCAAUCCGAUGAAUUUGUUCGUGAUGAAAAAUAUCUUACAGGACUCCUUGCAUCACUUAAAUCACUUAAUGCUCCCACAUUACAUGAAACAUCUGAUGAACGCGGAAAAUAUACUGAGGUUACACUGCCAAAAGAAUUUCCCUCUGGCAGUGUCACGUUGCUUGAAACAGAGGUGGAUAAACAUAAAUCUUUGGAUGAAACUCUUAUAUCAGAUGUUUACGAAGCUUUUCAAGAAUUAAAUUUGGUCGAUCUGAAUAUAGUAUUAUAUCGAUGUGGUAGCGAAGAAAAUGACAUUACGCCUGGUCAUGGCACAUACGAAGUGCCUGGUUAUGGUCAUUUACCGUAUUGUGGUUUAGAGGGCUUUAUGUCAGUUUUACGUCCAAUAAUGAAAGAAAAUGACUUGGGUCAUCCAUUUUGUAACAACUUACGUGAAGGUCAUUGGGCUUUAGACUAUAUUGUGGACCGUCUUGUUAGACAUUUGAAAUACGCACCAAAUCUUAAAAGACUAUGCGAUUGGUAUCAAGAGAGAUUUGCCCUUACGUCAUAUUCUGCAGCAAUUAAACGAGUUAUGGCACAGUUAUCACCUUGUGCAUAUGAGGGAAGCUUGUUUAUCCAAUCACUUGCUUUGUGUUCAGUGCAAAUGUACGGAAUAGUUUUAUCUACUGGAUUACACCCUACAGAAAUUGGUCCAUCGAUGGCUGCGGGGUUGCCUCAUUUUGCUACCAGUCAUAUGAGAUGUUGGGGACGUGAUGUUUUUAUUUCAUUGCGUGGGUUGUUCCUUACUACGGGUAAUUUUGAAGCUGCUAAAAGACACAUAAUUGGAUUUGGUAGUGUACUUAAACACGGAAUGAUUCCUAAUUUGUUGGAUGCUGCACGUCGACCACGUUAUAAUUGUCGUGAUGCUCCUUGGUGGUAUUUACAAUCAAUACAGGAUUAUUGUCAAUUCUCUCCGGAAGGUUUAGAUUUUCUUAAGACGCCUGUUAUCCGACGAUUUCCUAAAAAUGAUGAAUUUAUUGAAGCAGAUGAUCCUCAAUCCUAUAAAUACGAAGUUACUAUUCUUGAAAUUAUUCAAGAAAUAAUGGAGCGUCAUGCUUGUGGAAUUCAUUUCAAAGAGUGGAAUGCAGGCUCUAAUCUUGAUCAUGCUAUGACUGAUAAAGGAUUCUAUGUUGAUAUUGAUGUUGAUUGGGAAACUGGUUUUUUAAAUGGUGGAAACCAAUGGAAUUGUGGUACUUGGAUGGAUAAGAUGGGAGAAUCAGAAAAAGCUGGAAACAAAGGUCAACCGGCUACACCAAGAGACGGUGCAGCGGUCGAAAUUAUUGGACUAUUAAAAUCUACUUUGCGAUGGAUAACAGAAUUAAAUAAAAAUGGUCAUUAUCCGUGGAAUGGUGUUGAACUCAAAGAGAAUCCUACGAAGAAAUUUAUUACGUUUGCCGAAUGGGAUGAUUUAAUCCAAAAGUCGUUCGAGAAACAUUUCUAUAUUCCCAUCGACCCAAAUGAAGAUUCAAAGUACAAAUUAAACUCCAAAUUAGUUAGCCGUAGGGGUAUAUAUAGGGACUUGUGUAACUCUUCUAGAGAUUAUGAAGGUUACCAAUUGAGACCAAACUUUCCGGUUGCUAUGGUUGUGGCACCUGAACUAUUUGAUGAACAUCAUGCACUUCAAGCAUUGAAUAUUGCACGUGAGAUAUUAGCUGGACCGUUAGGAAUGCGUACGCUUGAUCCAAAUGAUUGGGCAUAUCGUGGUGUUUAUGAUAAUAGCAAUGAUGGUACUGAUCCAUCGAUUGCUAAGGGAUGGAAUUAUCAUCAGGGCCCUGAAUGGCUUUGGUGCACUGGCUAUUUCCUUCGUGCUUAUUUAUACUUCGAUACUCGAGUAGGAUGUGGAAGAGAAAAUAAACAUGAAACGAUUCACAAUAUAACGCGACAUCUACAAGUGCAUCGCGAAACCAUUGAGACAAAUGCAUGGGCUGGUCUUCCUGAAUUAACGAAUGCGGAUGGAGCUCCUUGUCAUCAUUCAU